AAGUCAAGUUCUUUGGGAAUCUAUUCUGUGCAGCAGCAGAGAGAGAACAGCAGACAGGAGAGAAGAUACUGGAGCUGUUAACAUCAGUGUGCAGAUAUCAAUCAUUCCCUUUUAAUGAAGAAUACAUGGAUGAUGAUGAUGUUGGUGGUGAUGAUUAUUAUAAGGAAUAUCGUUGUGGUUUCCUGCUGGAUCUGUACUCCCACAUGAAGGACUAUAAUCAUGAAACAGGCUUGAGGAUCCUUCCAUUAUUACAGUCAGUUUUCCAGUCAGCUCCUGCAGUCUGGUCCAUAAACCUCUCAGAGAGAAAGACCUCCAUCCUCCUGGAAGUGCUGAAACUCCAACCAGAGAAGAAACCAGUGGAACUGACAGGCUGCUCAGAUGAAGAGAGUGAAGUGAGGAGUUUCCUACAGUGUCUGCCUUAUAUCUCACAGCUCAGCUGUGAUCCAGAGUUCUUCCAGAGUCUGUGUGCAGUCAUCUCUGUAAGAUCCAGAGAGGCCCAGCAGUUGGCCUCUGUGCUGCAGCUCCUGGGCUUCACCUUGCUGUUAACAGGAGAGUUACACAGGAAAACCUGCAGGUCUGUGGGGAGGGUUCUCAGACUGUGUGGCUCUGAUGUGGAUCUGGUCCUCACACCCAGAAAGAUGUCUGUCAGAGGAGCCUCCCUCCUCUUCAGCUGUACAACACAACUCCACAGUCUGAGGCUUUUCGACAACAUGGCCUUGCUACUGUGUCGAUGGGUGAGAAGAGGGAGAGCGGCCUGUCCAUUGGCUGUUGAAGAGCUUUCUUUGGCCCCUCAGAAAGCCCGACCAUCAGACAGAGUGUUGUUGAAGGUUGUCAGUAGUUUGGCGUCCUUGCUGAGAUACUGGGUAGUCAGACGGUUGGACCUGAAUGAGUUCUGCAUCCCUGCUCUGGGUCUCAUUCCACUGCUGCUGCACAACGGUCCUCUAACCAUCAAACUGAGCCAGGAUAUUUUCCAGCAGCUCCUCUCCCUCCUCCAUGAAGUCCAGGACGAGGUCUUGACCAUGUCCUUCUUGAGUAAGGUUGGUGGAGACCUGAGCUCCUGCUGUCUGAACUGGGAGCUUCUUCACUAUCUGCUGCAGCAGUCAUCAGCUCAGACCAUCACUGUGAACCUGAGGAAGAACCUCUUCUUACAGGAGAGCGUCACACGUCUGCUUCCCUUUCUGGACAGGAUUAUAUUUAAAAGGCCCAGUCCCGGCUUUGUGUUGACUGCCAUCAGAGAGAUCUAUAAAGCUCGUGCCAGUCCCAUUAUACCCAGUUUACUGAGGUCACUGGAUCAUGUGAUCAACCUGACCUGCAGAGAGAUGGACUCUGUGGACUGUGCUGCUCUGCUCUUCACCCUCAAACACAGUGACAGAGUUAAACUGAACCUCCAGUGGACCUCCAUACCAACAGGGGACACAGAGUCCAUCCUCUUUACGCUGGACAAAGUUUCUCAGCUCAGUGUGGACAGGAACCUGCUGCUGAGGCUGGUGCACUGCUGUGCUGCCUCCGACGCCCAGCAGGGGGCAGCAGUCGGCCUGCUCAGGACUGUGCAGGACAGGCUGGAUCUGUCCUGCUCCUCCUGUGUGGAGCUGCCAGAGGAGGAUCAGAGCGAGACUCUCAGUCUGACCGGUGAGGACUGCGGGGCCGUCUCCGCCAUCCUGAGACGCAGCGUCCGGGACACACAGCUCAACCUGCAGGACUGCGAGGUGGAGGACAGCGGACUGGACCUGCUGUUUCCUGUCCUCCGCAGAGUCCGCCUCAGAGCCAGUAAAGCCGUCCUCCUCCAGCUGGUGUCCCUGGUUCCUGUGAACAGUGAGGGGGACACAGUGAGACGGGCGGUGUCCCUGUGUAGAGCCCUGGACGGAGAGCUGGACCUCAGUCACACCUCACUGGAUCAGAGGGCCUGUGGAGCUUUGGCCCUGAUGCUGGACUUCUCUGAAGGGCUGACAGAGCUGGACCUCAGUCACUGUGAGCUCACCGACCAGCUGCUGCUCACACUCAUCACACAUCUGCACAAAGUCCAGGUCCUGGAUCUGAGUCACAAUAAGAUCUCUGAUGCUUCAGCUGGAAAGUUACUCCACCUGGUCUCCAUCAACCCCUCCAUCGGCACUGUGCGACUCUUCAGCAACAACAUUGUGGACCGAACACCCUUUAAGAAAGACAAGCAGUUUGAACUCUGGUGACCCGCUCGUCAGUGUGGAGCUAAUGUGCUGAUUGGGGAAUAACUGCUUGAUGUCUAACGAUCAUUACAUGAAAAUAUUUCUGUAUUAGUACUUUGACUUUAAUGAUUAAGAAGACAGUUUAUAUGGAGGACAUUAAUGAUUACGUCUCAUUCUUGAGAUACUGAAGAUUAUUCUGUAAUAAUUCUCCCAAUGUUUACACGUCAGAUUGUUCUGUUGAUCAUGAUUCAACUCUUUUCUCAUUCUAGCAAAACAAAUAGUUGCCACAACUGUUAUAUCAAUAUUAUGAGUACUUUGUGGUCCAUGUUUACUUCAGAGCAGAGAGGAUGAUGAACGAUACAAGAAAGAUGAGGUCAGGAGAAAAAACAUGGUUGAUACAUGAAGAUAGAAAUAAAUUAUUUUCUUUUUAUUUGACAGUUUUCUGAACUUUUCCUCAUUAAAAUACCUCAUUUAAUGUAAACUGCCGCAAUAAUGAUAAUAAUGAAAAAAAGGUGAAAAUCUGUGUUAACCAGCUGAGUGACUUUGUGCCAGAAACAGACAAUACAAAAAGUAUUCUAUAAUAUUGUGAAAUGUACUGUUGUAAAUGUUACGGAUAAGAGCCAAAUGCCUCUAGCUACAUUAUAUAUAAUUUAUGUACUUUGGGAUAUGUUUGUAUGACUAACAUUUAUUACAGUUAUGUUACAGAUCAUUAAAACUCAUCACUCGGCUUGUAAAACAGAAACCUACUCGUUUAUAUUUGAACCAGAAGAAGCACAAAAGUAUUUCUUUUUGAUAAGAUUAGAAAUGAUUAACUUUUAUUCUGGGACACAGAACACAAAGACAGAUCUUCAAGUUGGAGUUGGUCAGUAAAAACAAAAGAUAUGUAAAGGUCCACUGGUUCUGCCUGUAAACAGUCACAAGAUAAAUGAACUGUUUGUAAUGUGAUUUAUUUGAAAAGGGAGAUAAAGUUGUGAAAUGUCA